CUACAAAUGAAUUGUUUUCUCCCCCUGACAGAUUCAUUCUCUCCAGAAAGCCACAAGAACCGACAGCAGUGAUGGGAAAGAUCACACUGUUCACGAAGGAAGCAUGUCCAGCCAGUGUCAAGGUGAAGGGGCUUCUGGUGGAGCGAGCUGGGGCAGCAAAUGUGACUGAAAUCUCUGUGAGUGCCUCUCCAGGGUGGACAGACCCUCUCUUUCUCCUCGCCAGAGGGGACAAGAGUGUGCCUCAGGUGUUCUUCAACAGCCGUCAUGUGGGAGGGUGUGAGGAGGUGGAGAGGUUGGAGAGGGAGGGGGUGCUGGGGGAGAGGGUGAGGGAGUGCCUGGAGGGAGGGAGUGAAGAGUUUCCUCCUCCUCUCUGGACACCUCAGCCUCAAGAGUUGGUUCAGAUCAUUCCAAAGGAGGUGAGGGGUGAGUGGCAGGAGAGCCUGGAGGCCAUGGAGUCAUCUCUGUCUGCAGCAGUAGGCGGCAGACCCAUCUCCAGUCUGGUCGUUACUCUGGAGACCCCAGACUCCAUUCUUGUCAUCUGCACUGCUGGUCCAGCCAAGGACACUUUUGUGGUGGGAGCUGCUGUCAAGAAAGGCCCAAGAAGAUGGUCAGAACAAGGCUUACUGCCAGGCUGGACACACGAAGCUUUUCAACUUCUGUAUGAUACCCAGGUGGCUCUGGAGAGAAACGCACCCCUGUUUGUGAGUGACCCAACUAGUGUGGCAGGUCUGGAGCAGAAUGAGCUGAUGCUCAACUUUGGCUACAGUUACUACGCAGGAGCUCCCUGGACUGUUGGCCGUAAUAGAGGAACAGUGGUAGCAAUGGAGAAGGAAGCUGGCGUGUUGAAACCAGAGCACAUGACCAUCAUUGAGGCCACCAGAGACAAAGUCAUGGCCAGUCUGUCCCAGUACAUCAGCCUCAACUAAUAGCUAUAUAGUGCAUUGUAUGGAACAGAGCUAAUAUUAUAUCGCUCUCUUAUCCUAUAGACAUCUCUUGAUGGUUAGAACAAACGUUGACGUCAUUUUUUGUAAAUUAAUUUUUU